AUGUCGAGAACGCCAAGUCGCCUCCCGUUGACAACGGGAGCAUCAACGAAGAGCAGCAGACCGGCACGCUUGCCAUCAACACUGGAAGACUACAGCCUUGUGGCACUGGCAGAGAUGAUGGCAGAGAUGUCGGCCAGCGACACGAGCGUGGCUGAAUACAUCAAGACGGAGCCGCUGAUCGAGAAGGUGGAGGUGCCCUUCCACGGCAAGGCAAACUACCUCGCCCCCGAGAACUGCGACAACAUUGACCUGCUCAACUGGGACGAGAUCCAGGUGAUGGAGAAAGCACGUGGCACGGGAGUGCCCGAGACGGUGGUGGAGACGGAGGACCACAAGGACUUCUUUCGGUGA